CUCAGAAGGGGGGACGAAGUGGGGCGCCUAGCUUCUUACUAGUUUUUUUUUUCCUUGCGCAAAGCUUGCACUUGCUGAGAGAGAGGGAGAGAGAAAUCCAGAGAUAAAGGCGCUUCAUUCAUUCCCUCUCCUGCUUUCUCUCUCCAACCCAUCCGUCCUCUCUCUCCACACAUAAAAACCAACGAAGCGGGCGAGUGAUCAGGCAGAGGCAGCAGGCAGGAAAUAAAUUUGAAGAAAGCUAGACCUCUGAUCAGCAGGAGCUCAUGGGCGCCAUGAUGGCCUCCAUAACCAGCGAGCUCCUCUUCUUCCUUCCCUUCAUCCUGCUGGCCCUCCUCGCCUUGUACACCACCACCGUCGCCAAAUGCCACGGCACCCACCCGUGGCGCCGUCAGAAGAAGAAGCGGCCCAACCUGCCCCCGGGCGCCCGCGGAUGGCCCUUGGUCGGCGAAACUUUCGGCUACCUCCGCGCCCACCCGGCCACCUCCGUGGGCCGCUUCAUGGAGCGGCAUGUCGCACGGUACGGGAAGAUAUACCGGUCGAGCCUGUUCGGGGAGCGGACGGUGGUGUCGGCGGACGCGGGGCUGAACCGCUACAUCCUGCAGAACGAGGGGCGGCUGUUCGAGUGCAGCUACCCGCGCAGCAUCGGCGGCAUCCUGGGCAAGUGGUCCAUGCUGGUGCUCGUGGGCGACGCGCACCGCGAGAUGCGCGCUAUCUCGCUCAACUUCCUCAGCUCCGUCCGCCUCCGCGCCGUGCUGCUCCCCGAGGUGGAGCGCCACACCCUGCUGGUCCUCCGCUCGUGGCCGCCCUCCGACGGCACCUUCUCCGCCCAGCACGAAGCCAAGAAGUUCACGUUUAACCUGAUGGCGAAGAACAUAAUGAGCAUGGACCCCGGCGAGGAGGAGACGGAGCGGCUGCGGCUGGAGUACAUCACCUUCAUGAAGGGCGUCGUGUCAGCGCCGCUCAACUUCCCGGGCACGGCCUACUGGAAGGCGCUCAAGUCGCGCGCGUCCAUACUUGGAGUGAUAGAGAGGAAGAUGGAGGACAGGCUUGAGAAGAUGAGCAGGGAGAAGUCAAGCGUGGAGGAGGACGACCUUCUUGGAUGGGCCCUGAAGCAAUCCAACCUGUCCAAGGAACAGAUCCUGGACCUCUUGCUGAGCCUGCUCUUCGCGGGGCACGAGACUUCGUCCAUGGCGCUCGCCCUCGCCAUCUUCUUCCUCGAAGGGUGCCCUAAGGCCGUGCAAGAACUCCGGGAGGAGCAUCUCCUGAUUGCUAGGAGACAAAGGCUAAGGGGGGCGUCCAAAUUGAGCUGGGAAGACUACAAGGAAAUGGUUUUCACGCAGUGUGUUAUAAACGAGACAUUGCGGCUCGGCAACGUGGUCAGGUUCCUGCACCGGAAGGUCAUCCGAGAUGUACACUACAAUGGGUACGACAUACCGCGGGGGUGGAAAAUCCUGCCGGUUCUAGCGGCGGUGCACCUGGACUCGUCGCUGUACGAGGACCCCAGCCGGUUCAACCCUUGGAGAUGGAAGCUGCAGAGCAACAACGCGCCAAGCAGCUUCAUGCCGUACGGCGGCGGGCCGCGGCUGUGCGCCGGGUCGGAGCUGGCCAAGCUGGAGAUGGCCAUCUUCCUGCACCACCUGGUGCUCAACUUCCGGUGGGAGCUGGCGGAGCCGGACCAGGCCUUCGUCUACCCUUUCGUCGACUUCCCCAAGGGCCUCCCGAUCAGGGUCCAGCGGGUCGCCGACGACCAAGGCCAUCGUAGCGUUUUGACCGAGAGCACAAGAGGCUGAGAGGGAGGAGGCAGUUCAAUUUUUCGUUGCAUUUUGAGGGCUGUGGUCUCGUGUUUUAUGUAGAUUGUGAUUAUUAUUAUUAUACAUACUAAAACAAGAUAGAAGCACGUAUAGACAGAGCAAAGAGGAGGAUGGUCCAAAAGUGUUUGGGGUAGAUAAAAUGUGUACUCACUAGGGUUGUAAUAAGGCCGGUCCAUGGCCCAUGUCAAGUAAUACUAGAGAUAUAUAGAAUAUAGUGGAUAUCCAACAUGUCUUUUUUCCUUGUCUUAA